AUGCAGUACGUCGGAAAGGCAUUUGGUACUAUGUCCAGGACGUGGUCUUCUAUUAAUCCAGCUACACUUUCAGGUGCAAUUGAUGUUAUUGUAAUAGAACAAGCAAAUGGAGAUCUUGCGUGUUCACCGUUUCACGUACGGUUUGGAAAGUUUUCUAUGCUUCGUCCAUCAGAAAAGAAGGUAACAUUUCGAGUCAACAAUGAAGUGGUUCAAUAUUCGAUGAAAUUGGGAGAUGAAGGGGAUGCAUUUUUUGUUUUUAGCACGGAAAGUGAUGUGCCUGAUGAGCUUAAAACUUCGCCUGUUAUUUCACCUUCAAGUAGCCCACAAUCUAGUGAAGAAACAAGUCUUCAAGAACCAGAUGAUUUUGAUUUAAGUGAACAUGUUUCUCGAACACAGAAAGAUGGUACGAGUGCACGUUCAUCUGAUUUUAACUGCAACGAUGAUAUUGGUGAUGUAGGCUUUACACGCCAUGAAUCAUGGGAUAUUUUAUCGAUUGAUCAAUCAUCAAGUACACCAAAUGAUACGCCUAAAACCCAGAUAGUUUCAAACGAUAGCACAUAUUCUGGUUCUAAAAAGACUAAUGAUGAGUUACUUUCAGGGUCAAAUGCAUCGUCUCCUGAUCUCAGAGAAGCUCGGUUAAGCGCAAUUAAACGUGCAUCCGAGCUUAGUAAAAGGCUUUUAAGUAGAGAUAUUCCUACUCAUAUUACAGAUAACGGGGAUGUAAUAUUGGACGUGCGUGGUUAUAAGUCAUCUGAUGAGGCUGAACAAGAAGCAGAGGCUAUUGCUCGACGUAUUCUUGCAGAGAUAGGUAUCGACCCUAGUGAGUUAGAGAAUCUUAUCUCUUCUGAUUCGUAUGGAAAUAUUUGGAUUUAUGCAAGUGAGGAUUCAAAAGAAGAUGCUAUAAAUAGAAAAUCAUUAUUUGCAAAUACAGAUAUAUUUUCUAAUAAUAGCUCAACUGAUUUAUCGUCCAAGAUUUCUUUAGCUUCAGCACAUGUUUUGGAAUCUCAACCUAGACCAUCUAUGAAUACAACCACACACGUUAAAACGCUUCGUCUUACUUCAGAACAAUUAAAAUCACUUAAUCUUCAAUUAGGGCAAAAUUUGAUUUCAUUUAGUGUUAAUAAGGGGAAAGCUACUGUCUCUGCAAAUCUUUAUUUUUGGAAACAUAAUACCUCUGUUGUCAUUUCUGAUAUUGAUGGCACAAUUACUAAAUCUGAUGCUCUAGGACAUGUAUUGACAAUUAUUGGUAAAGACUGGACACAUCCUGGUGUUGCAAAACUUUAUUCUGAUAUUUAUAAUAAUGGUUUUAAUAUAUUAUAUCUUACAAGUCGUUCUGUAGGACAAGCAGAUUCUACUCGUGAAUAUUUGAAAAAAAUAGAACAAAACAGAUACAAAUUGCCAUUAGGUCCUGUCAUUCUUUCUCCUGAUCGGACGAUUGCAGCUUUACGAAGAGAAAUGAUUUUAAGAAAACCAGAGGUUUUCAAGAUAUCUUGUUUACGUGAUCUACAAAAUGUUUUUGGCAAGGAUUCAAAUCCAUUUUAUGCUGGAUUUGGCAACCGAAUCACUGAUGCAUUGUCGUACCAAUCAGUUGGGAUUCCACCUACUCGAAUUUUUACUAUUAAUUCUUACGGAGAAGUCUGUAUGAAAUUUUUGGAACUUGCGGGCUACCGUAGCAAUUAUAUUUCUAUGAACGAUCUAGUGGAUCAUUUUUUUCCGCCUCAAGGCAUGUCUCUGUUUCAAAUGAAGCAAAUAGAAUUCAUUGAUACUUUAUUUUGGCGCAGUCCAUUACCUCACAUUUAUGAUUCCAAUGAAGAUGAUACUCUCUUCUCAAACGAUGGAGAUAAUGAAGACGAUGAUGAUAACGAUGUUGAUGAUGACGAGACAGAGAUGUAUUCUGACAAACAUAAUGUUCAUAUUGACUUUUAAGCCACAAAAAACCAUACCCGCUAUCACAUUCAGAAUUCAUACAUAAUAAAUGGCUUAUUC